CGCGCAUCGCGGCGCCAGUGGGGAAAGAGGCAGAGCAUCCUGGCACUUCGCACCUGAGACUGUCCUUCCUUCCCGGCUUUCGUCCGCACUCACUCACUCACUCACACAGGACUAUAUUCUAUACGCUUCUCCCCUCCAUCUACCAUCCUAUAAACCGAGCUGCGAAAAACGCGCACGCGCAUAUUUAUUUAUUCAUAUUUUCCGUUCGCUCUUCUGGACUUGCCGAAGCUGCAUUGGAUUGGAGCGGGAGGAGGAGGAGGAGGAGGAGCGGGAGCCCCAGCAGCACACGGAGCACUUGGCGAAGGAGCCGCACCGCCGCAGCGCCCAGCACUGUCGUGAGCGACCGCAACUGCAGCUGCCAGCAUGGAGGAGAUGGACCUGCCCCAGAUGAAGAAGGAGGUGGAGAGCCUCAAGUACCAGCUGGCCUUUAAAAGGGAGAAAUCUUCCAAAACGGUCACUGACCUGGUGAAGUGGAUCGAGGACGUGGUGCCAGAGGACCCGUUCCUGAACCCCGAGCUGAUGAAGAACAACCCCUGGGUGGAGAAGGGCAAGUGCAGCAUCCUCUAACCAAACAGCCGCACGACAGCGGCCUGGUCUGCCACCCAGCAGGCCGGUGUUCGGGGCACUGACCGGACACCCUGCAGGACAGCAGUCCGUUCCUCACAGUGAAUGUAAAACCUCUGACACUGAGACCAAUAAUGCUGCACCUCAGUUAUUGUACAGUCACUGCAAGGCUUGCAAACGCCACUUAUUACUAUUAUACUCUAUCUUGUAUGUCUAUAUAUGCAGCCCAUAGAUUUAUCUUCGGAACUGUUUUCUCGUUUCUUCUUUCCGCUGCUUGUGCAUUUUAAGUCGUAGAGCAGCGACUCCACACUGCCAGUUUUUUCUGCCGGCCAGUGCACGCAACGUGAGCACGUGUGUUCUAUUCGCCGAGGCUGUUUUUACAGCUACAGACAGUCUGAAUUUCUUGACUUAUUUAUUUGUGACCUGUUUGAUCACCGGUGGGUUUGUAUGUUUUAGAUGCUAUGUUAAAACCUUCUUUCUGGGAUCCACUUGCUUUCUUUUUCACCAUUGUACCAUAAGAUACUGCCUUGUACACUAGUUCCUUAAGGAGAAUGUAAAUAUAUACUGCAGAAGGUUAUAUGGCCAUUAGCAAGCUCUGCACUAUUUUGUGUGCAUGUCUGCGUGUGUGUGUGCGCGU